AUGGACGUACCUUUGUCAAAGGCGUACGACGUGUCCAUAACUUUAAUUGUAGACAGAGCUCUGAAUGACGAGUCGGGAUGCGAGGCUGACAUGCAGGAGGGGGACGCGGGCAGACACUCGCCGCCCCGACAGCGAGAGCCCAUCAACUUGAAGAAUGAGAUAGGAAUCGCGGCGUUCGGAGCGCUCGCAUGCGACAGCGCCCAUCCUCUGAAAAUGGAGCGGCCGAUAAAAAAGGUAACGAAUUAUAAAAAAGCGGAGGCGCACAAUCGCGAGCGCGGAUGUGUGGGUGGUGGGCGAAAUGAAAUGAAAUAA